AUGACUGAUCAAUCAUCACUGCUGCUUCGAAAACAACUGGCAGGUAAAAUAGCUCGCUACACUAACGUUAAGGGUAAAUAGCGUGGUAGUUACCGGUAACUUGGCUAGCUAAUGUUAGUGGCUAACCACUUGUAAUCUAAUUAUGUUCGUUUUUACUUGUAUUGAAUAUGUCAACCUAGCUAGCUAGUUACGGCUAGUAGCUACGCAAUGAAAAUUCACAGCUGAUGAAUAUUUAGCUAGCUAACGUGACAUACCACUUCUUUGCUUGCUAGUAAGCUAGUUGGCUGGCUAGUUAGCUAACUAGCAAAACACAACACUGGUGGUAACGUUAACGCGUUAGUUGCUAGCUUGCUAAGGCUUGUGGAGUAGUGUACCAGUUACGUCACUUCAUAGCCACCUGUCUCAAACUAAAUACAUUUCCAAUGUAACUGGUCCGCUAGCUAGUUACUUGAAUUCCAGACAUACGUUUGAGAAAAGCUUGACAACAUGUGACAACACACAUAGCUACAAGUAAAGCACAUUUUCAAGGGUGGGGUAUUGGGUAACGUCAGCGUGCUUGUUUACCCCUUUUAGAGCUCAACAAGAACCCGGUGGAGGGAUUUUCUGCCGGUCUCAUAGACGAUGAUGACAUCCAUCAGUGGGAGGUGGUCGUUAUUGGCCCUCAAGAUACAUUAUUGUGAGUAUGUUUUACUAACCUGGUAUGUUUGUGUUUGGCAAAGUCAUUGCCUACUUAGCUACCAUCUAUCUGAUUUGACACAUUUUCUCUUUACAGCGAGGGUGGUUUCUUUAAAGCCUACCUGACCUUUCCCCAUGACUACCCUCAUAGGCCUCCGAAGAUGAAGUUCAUCACAGAAAUAUGGCAUCCCAAUGGUAAGUGGUUUCAUGUGCUAUUCUUACUAAGGCCAUUGUAUUCCUUGUGGAACAUAGGCCAUAAAUGAAUCGCUUCUAUCCCUUUCUGUGCUCGCUCCUCUUUCACCCCAGCUGCCAAACUAACCCAGAUUCAGAUGACCAUCCUACCCAUGCUAGAUUGUGGAGACAUAAUUUAUAGAUUGGCAGGCAAUGGUGUUUGGACACAUCACUGCACUCUGUACUCCUCUGUAAACUGUCCCUCUGUAUACCCAGUGCAAGACCACUGGUUGAUGCUUAUUUAUAAAACCCGUAAGCCUCACUCCCCCUAUCUGAGAUACCUACUGCAACCCUAAUCUUCCACAUACAGCACCCGUUUUCAUGUGCUAUACAGCUAUCUAAAGAUCUGUGUUAGUCAGCUGGUCAGCACAGGUUAUGAUUCCUGUCCUCCCCCUCUCCUCUCUCUCAGUGGCAAAGAAUGGUGACGUGUGUAUCUCCAUUCUGCAUGAGCCCGGUGAGGACAAGUUUGGCUAUGAGAAGCCGGAGGAGCGCUGGCUGCCCAUCCACACCGUAGAGACCAUCAUGAUCAGUGUCAUCUCCAUGCUGGCCGACCCGAACGGCGACUCACCCGCCAACGUAGAUGCAGCCGUUAAGUCCCAAACAUUCAAAUAUACAUCCUCGCAGACAGGGGAAAUAUGCAUUCCAUUCAGUUAGAAAAAGCUGAAAUGAUGGUGCUGGUUUGUUUUCACUGCUCAUAUGAUUUGUCUUGACAUUUGAUAGUAGUGAGGGAUACUCCACCAUUUAGUUGAUUGUAGUGAUUGUUAAGACCAGGGUUUUGAUGUACAGUUGUGUUGUGCCCUGCAGAAAGAAUGGAGAGAGGAUCCUUGCGGAGAGUUCAAGAGGAAGGUGGCUCGCUGUGUACGAAAGAGUCAGGAGAUGGCAUUUGACUAG